AUGUCCUCCUUGUCACGGACGCUGUCUCGGGGAGGGCCGAUGCAGCCUCCAGGGUCUCGCCGCAUCCAAAGGACAGAGACUGCUGUCAACUUUGGUGAGCCCAUGUUUGACAGUGAGGUGGUGCCAUCGUCGCUUGUUGAGAUUGCGCCCAUCCUCCGUGUUGCCAAUGAGGUUGAGACGGCCAACCCUCGCGUCGCCUAUCUCUGCCGAUUCUAUGCAUUCGAAAAGGCUCACAGGUUAGAUCCGACUUCAAGUGGUCGUGGUGUCCGACAGUUCAAGACAGCUCUUCUACAGCGGCUUGAAAGGGAGAAUGAGCCCACCUUGAUGGGAAGGGGACAAAAGAGUGAUGCGUGGGGAAUCUGGGCCGCCUGUGCUUGA